CUUCAGAUCUAAUUUUGUUGCUAUGGAGGCCUCUAGUUGUGUUGGACUAAAUUGGAUGAAGCUAUAAAACUACAAUUUUGUGUGUUUUGAGGGAUGAGUAUCUGGUACCAAUAUAAACUAAUCUCUCCAACACUCAGGGUUGCAAAUGGCCAGGUUGACCUAUGACACAAUCUGAUCCUGACCCAAUUAAACUUGGCCUAAUUCAUAUUUAAAAACUCGUAAAUUAUGUCGGGUUCAAAAAUUAGUUCACUUAAAAUUUAGGUUAGGUCUGGAUGCUCUAUUAUUUAACCCAACCUAAUCUAUCCCAUAUGUUAAUAAAAAAUAAAUCCAACCCAGCCCAAACCCGAUCUGCUCUAACCCAAAAACCUAGAUCAUAUAAUCCUGAAUCAUAUCAAAGAUUAUAGUUUGUAAAUGAUCAAUUACUUAGAUAAAAUUAAAAGUUUUUGUUCAAACGUAAGGCGGCUUUUUUUUAUUUUUCAAUAAAUUUUUAUAGAUUUUAUAUUUAACUAUUAAUUACCAUAUUUUAGUUAUAAGAGAGUGUCUUAGAUGCUGGACCCGACUCGGAAAUCUAACCGGACUUGGCAGGUAACUUGAACAUUUCGGGUUGGAUUCUGGUAUAUUGGAUAUCUGACCCAAUCAGCUAAUGGGUUGGGUUCAGAUCCCAAACCUUGACCUGCAAAUGAAACCGGGUCGGUCGGGUUCAGGCAUGCCCUGCCCGACCCAACCCGUUUUCAGCCCAGCAACUUCUCUCCUCCGCUUCCACUCCCCACACCCCCUUCGUCCCUAUCACCCACUCCCUGAAGCGCCUUCGGUUCCAUGGUUUCCGGCGCCGCGACUACGCCUAGAUGGUGAAGAAACUCCGAGCGUCUUUCAUCCACAAUUUGCUUCAAAACUUGUCUUCGUCUUCUGAUCUUCUUCGCCCAUCCUUUCCUUACCCCGUGUUUCCUCUCAAAGGCCGCACCUUUGGCUUGGAAAACCAUUCUAUUCCAUUCCCUUUAUUAGCUGGUAGGGCGAUUCCCUUCUCCGGUGCAUCGAUUCCAUGUUCUGCUGAGAAAUCUGGGUCGAUUUCGGCUUCCGGAGAUGAGAUUAGGGGCGAAGACCAUGUAAAUUUCGCUUCCAAAUCGUUUUUUGGUGUCGGGAAAUCGGUUAUUUCUAGGUGUUCGUUCAUUUGGGAGACGAAAGUUGACACCUUGAUGGAGAAAACUUCUUUGCAAGAUCUUCUCAAGCUAUAUGGGAACCUGUCCCCAGAAACCACCCGCCGUUUCUGGCGAGUUUCGGCACUGAAACCCGAAGGUUUCCUUGAAAUAUUACUUGGUUUUGGCCCCGAUGUCAAUUUAGACAAGGUUGGAUUUCUCUGGAAGUUGUUCAGGUGGGCUGAGAAGCAGAGUAGAGAGUUCAAACAUCUCCCAAGAUCUUAUGAAAUCAUGAUCCCGAUGCUUAUUCAAGCUCGGAUGCUUGGUGAUGCUGAAUCGUUGCUUCUAUCACCAGAUGCAAGAGGAGUCUGUUCCGAUGAAAGUGGAGUAUUCAGUGAGAUCAUUCAAGGGUAUGCUGAGGCCUGCAAAUUAGAAAAUUCAAUGGCCUUGUAUGAUCGAGCUAGAGACAUGGGCUUAGUCCCUUCUGCAUCGUGCUAUCAUGCUCUUCUUAACCUUUUGAUCAGAAUGGAGAAGUCUGAGUCAGUUGUGAGAGUCUAUAAGAAUAUGAUAGAUGUUGGAUUUGGGUCACAUUCUGAUGACCGGGUUUUAGAUUUCGUUAUUGGAGAACUGACCAAGAAUGGGCAGAUUCUUGAAGCUAUAUCUAUACUUAAGCAAGUAAACGGUUCUGGGACUGAAGCCAGCCCUAUGGCUCUCUCUGCAAUUGCUGAGGGAUUUUGUAAGAAAAAAGAUUUCAGUGAUAUGAUUAAAUUUUUGGAAGAACGGGAGCACAUCCCUGAAAAUUGUAUUUGCAAUAAAAUAAUUUCUUCUGUGUGCAGCAAUCUGGGGACUGAAGAGGCAUGGUUAUUUGUACAAAGGUUGGAGGCUUUAGGCUUUAAGGCAGAUGCUGUGACCUUUGGAAUAUUUAUUUGUCAGAGUUGCAGAGAGAAGAAGUUGAGAAAUGCAUUUGUUUAUUUAUCAGAAUGUUUCUCUAGGGGUCUAAAACCCAGUGCUUAUGCUUACCAUGCCCUAAUUAGUGGGAUUUUUAAACAGGGACUGUGUAAACAUGCAAAAUAUGUGUUUGAGGAUAUGCUUGAGAAAGGGCUAUUGUCGGACUUAUCAACAUUCAGAAUUCUUUUGGCAGGAUAUUGUAUACACAGAAAAUUUGAUGAAGUUAAACAGGUUAUUGAUGAAAUGAACAAUCAUGGUAUUGUUUCUCUGGCUCCUUCAGAUGAUGCUCUUUCCAAAACCUUCAAGAUUUUGGGUCUUGAUAAUUUGAAUGUGAAGGUGAAGAGGGAUAAUGAUCUUGGACUUGCAAAGGCUGAAUUCUUUGAUUCUCUUGGCAAUGGACUCUACCUAGAAACUGAUAUUGAUGAGUAUGACAAGUCCUUAACCCAGAUCCUUGAUAGUGCGAUGAUCCCUGAUUUUGAUUCUGCAUUAAUCAAGGAAUGUCGCCGGGGGAAUGUAGAGGGUGCUCUCAAGGUCAGAGAAGAAGCUGUUCAGUGGGGGCAGAAUUUGUCUGUGUCUGGCUACUUUGAAUUACUGAAAACUUUAUGUGCAUCCCCAACCCACAUAGAAGAAGCUGUAAGUCUUACAGAUGAGAUGCCAGAUUCAUGUGAUCAGCUUGGCUGUGAGGCUCUUAAUCUACUUAAAUGGGCAUUACUCAAAAAAGGAAUGACAUCUGAUGUGAAGUUGAUUUUGGAGAGACUGUUCAGAAGAGGGCUGCUGGUUGACAAUGAUGUAUAUACUGCUCUUAUCAUGGGUUUCAGCAAAGAAGGUGAAAUUAACAAACUUCAGCAUUUCUGGGAACUAGCACAAAGAGGCAUGUGGUUACCUGAGUUUAAGGACACUAAGGUGCUCGUAAGUUUUCUAUGUAGGUGGGGUUUGAUUAAAGAAGUUCUAGAGCUUUUCGAUAAAAUGGUGGAGAAUUACCCUAACUUGAUUCGUGCUAUUUACAGUGCCUUUCUCAAAGAAUUAUGUAUAUCAGGCUAUACGAGUGUCGGGUGUACAUUGUUGGAGGAACUUCUCCAGAGGGAUCUAGUAUUUGAUCAGGCAGUCUAUGUGAAUCUAAUAAAUGGGUUCUUAAAGGAGCAAAAUUUUGCUGAAACACUUGGAAUAUUUGAUAUAUUACUUGAGAAAAACAUAACCGCUUCUGCACAUGUGUAUCAACUAAUAGUGCCUUUGUUAAUUAGAUUUGGAAGUGUUGAAAAAGUAAUGAAUUUGAAGCAAUCUCUACUCAGUAAGAAACAGCAAGCUCGUGUUUCUAUUUUUGGAACCAUGGUGAGUGAGUUAUGCAGGACUGGAAAAAUAAAAGAGGCAACCUUGCAGUUGCAAGAAAUGCUAAUUAAUGGAAUACUUCCAGAUGGUAAUACUUUAAAUGCUUUGUUGCAAGGAUACUGUCAAGAAAACAAUUUGAGGAAGGCACGCGAGAUACUCAGUGUCAUGGUAAGAACGCAUAUUAAUCUUUCAAUUUCAGGAUAUCGAAGCUUGGUACGUCAAAUGUGUGCACAUGGUCAUCUACAUGGUGCAUUGAGCGCGAAGAAACUGAACCUGGGAAAAAAUCCAUGGGAACUGAUUCUAUGUAACAUUCUAAUAUUUCGUCUCUUUCAGACAGGAAAUAGUUUGCUUGUUGAAUCUCUUUUAAGGAACAUGCAUGAUAAACACAUAAAUCCAGAUAAAAACACUUAUGAUUUCCUUGUUUACGGUUUCUUGAAGUGUGGCGAUGCCUCCACAUCAGUUGAAGCUCUGAAUACCAUGAUCGCCAAAGGCCUAAGACCAAGCAAUCGUAGCCUCAGAACAAUAAUCUGUCAUCUGUGCAGUAAUGGAAAAGUUGACAAAGCAUUAGAACUCAGUAAGGAGAUGGAGUGUAAUGUCUGGAAGCAUGGUUCUGUGGUUCAAAAUGUACUUGCCGGGCGUCUUCUUUCAUGUGGUAGGCUCUGUGAAGCAGAACUCCUUUUGGAUCGAAUGAAGCAAAAGGACCUGAUACCCAACAACAUUCACUAUGACCUUCUAAUUAAGCAAUUUUGUGUGCAUGGGGGCAUAAAGAAAGCAAUUGAUCUGCUGAAUGUAAUGUUAAAGAAGGGAAACCUUCCAAGUGAUAUCAGUUACAGUUCAGUCAUUCACAGGCUCUGCAAUUGCAAAGCAUUUGAUCACGCUCUUGAUUUCCAUGCUGAAAUGCAGUACAAGAACCUUGCAGCAAGUGAAGAGUCCAGUGAAGCACUCAUUUUUGGCCUUUGUGCUAUUGGGAGAACUGACGAUGCCAAAGGAAUUUUAGGGAAAAUGCUCCAGUAUGGUUCAAUUCCCACUUACAGCAUGUAUAACCAUGUUAUCAAUAGGUACUAUGCUAACAACGAUCUGGAAAAGGCAUCAGAAGUUUUGCAUGAAAUGCAACAAGCUGGGUAUUCUCCUAAUUUUGAGACUCAUUGGUCUCUUAUAAGCAAUUUAAGCAGUUGCAGCAGUAACAAAGAUGACAAUGGCAAGGGCUUUUUGGCUCGCCUUCUUUCUGGAAGCAGCCUUCCUGUAAAGAAUUGUAAAGAUAAAGGUUCUUCAGCGUUCAAAUAUACAUCCAUUGUGAGUUACGUUUUGUAAGAAACGACACAUCAUGUUAUUACGGUCCAUAAAUGCUUUCUGAGUUAGAAGUGAUUGGGUUGCCAGACUGAGACUCUUUCUUGAGUGUUAACAUACAAGAGAGAACAGAAAUCACCUGGAUGUGAUCCUUUGCGCUAAUUUCCAGCUGGUAAUAACUGGAUAUUGUUAAUUUUUCCAGCUUGGUCCUUCUUCGGUGUACAGAAAAGAGGAAUAGAAAACUGAUGGAGGGAUCUUAUGCAGCAAAGGGUUCAUCAAUGUCAGGUUAUGAUCAUCACUUUACUUUGUAGGCCACUUUGUAGUCCAUGCACGACGAUUUCUUUAUGCAUGGUUUGGAAAUAAAAUUCUCCAAAUCCCCUCACUAGGCCGUGUGUCUGGAGAUUGCAGAAGAAAUUGCACAAGGUCUUCUUGCGUACAUCACCAAGCUUUGGCCAGUCCACAUUGAUGUUUAGUCUUCAAUGUCCUUGCAGCCUGAGGCUUGCCUCACUGACAGCAGCCCUUCGUUUUGUAUAAAACUGGAUGGUGAGGAUGAGUCAUGACAGAGCAAACCCAAAGUCUGGUUUGUUGCUCAUUUGUGCUUUCUGCUUGCUGCUGCUGUAGUUUCUCACCAGAAAGCCUCAGUUGCAGCACUUGAUCCUUAUUGCGACCGAUCCUCCAGGUUUGGUCCAAGUCAGUGAGGGAAGGUGAAGAUGCUGAUGGUUGAUAUGCCUAAUAAUGAUCGAAUGAGAAGAAAAAAAGUGCCCUACGAUAUAUCGAAACGAUCUAUCAAAAAAAUCAAACCUUUACUUUCAUUUUUCUUCUUUUUGGAGGGUCCAACUCGAUUCAAAGGUGAACAACUUCCAUUAUCCUUUUAGGUUUGGUCUUCAUCGGACAGUCAGCCAACCACAUGGCAGAUUCUGAAGAUGAUAUGGUAAGCAGAGGAAGUCGGCACUGGGCCAGCAACAUCAAUUCAAGCAGCAUUUCAUAGGUCUAGCACUCUGUCCGUAUCUAACGGACAACCUAACAUGGGUUCUUCAUAGGCAAAGUGGCAGAAUUGUAGGUGUUAUUGUUCGUGAUACCAACUGUUGUUGUAAGACUUAAUAACAGAAUUUUUUAGGUAGUAUAAAUAUAGAUGAUUUUGGGGGCUUGAAAUUUUGUUAGAAAGAUAAAAGUGCACAAUACUUUCAAACAGGUUUUGAAAUGGCAGAAACCUGUUUUACAGUGUAAGAUCUCCAUGAACUUUGGAAUGCAGAAGGUUUUACAGUGAUA